GUACUUCUUUUGGUUUUUCGAAUCGAGGAAUAGUCCAGCAACUGAUCCGAUCUUCCUAUGGGUUCACGGUGGCCCAGGCGGGAGCGCAACUGUUUCAGCGGUCGAAUACAAUGGUCCUUGCAUGGUAAACAAAGAAGGAACUUCGACAUCCAUCAACCCGGCCAAUGGCAUCUGGUUGGAUCAACCCACUGGGGUGGGUUACAGUAAAGGAGGGCCACCUGAGACAGCCAUAGGAGAGAUUGUGGAGAACAUAUACAGAUUCGUGGAGGAGUUUUUCAGUCGAUUCCCCAAGUACAGAGGCCCUUUCUAUCUGAGUGGGAUCUCAUUUGCGGGCAUUCUGCUCCCACAGAUCGCACAUGCUUUGAAACAAGGUAGCGAGCCCCUGAUAAACCUCAAGGGCAUCAUUUUCUAG